UCAGUAGGUAAGUGAUUCUGAUUUGAGAAUUUUAACUAAGAAUUGGAUUAAAAGAGUUCAUCUAAACUGACUUUUACUUGGUGGUCAGAUAUUAACUGAGACAAAGAUCUAGGUCAGACUGGUAAUUCACUUGAAGUAAGGAGAAAAACCCGAACUAGAUUUCUGUGUUUGUUCUUCCCUGUAAAAUGCACUGAUCGGGUUCACAGCCUGAGUUUGAUGGGUGAAAACAAGAGAGAAGUUCAGGAAGGCACACCAUGCCUCGCAGUUGCCUUUUGCUCUUCUGAGUGGGAAUAAAAUAUUUUGUACAUUGACUGCAUCUUCUGCAUUCAGUUAGCUUGAGAAGUUGGAAAGAAAAGCAGUAAGAAGGAACUCAGAUUAGAAGAGACUGCCAUGACAGUGAGUAAUUCGCUUCUCCAUGAUGAUGUAUGUUGUCCCUGCCAGCCAAUGUACUCCCACAACUUUGCAGUCAUCAAACAGCUUUUGAUUCUGCUCAUCAAGAGAGAGUAGGGGGACAGAAACACAAAGCUUCAGAUGCUUGGAGGCUCGGACCUCUAGCCAUGAACAUGCUGUUGCUUGCUGAAUUUCUGGCCUUCUAUCAUAGAAAUCAAAGAUCUCUUGGGACCUACUGAGUCUUACAUUCUCCAGUUCCUAAUCGGUGCAAGAUUGUUGCCUGCCUGCUAAUGCAUGGUUGAGCCUAACUUUAAAUGUAACGUACAUGGGGCCUUCUUAGGGAGUCUUUCCCCUUCCCCCAUAGAACUGUUAUAGACAUGGAACUCAUGAAAAGGUUGGCUUCCAGCCCAUUACAGCAACAGCUGGAGGUCUCUCACACUCUAGUGCCAGUUAUCUACAUUUUCAACCAUGAAAUGAAAGAUCUGGCUGCAGCCAGGUGAAUUGCAGGUGUGUGCAGUCUCCACUGGUGCACACGGCAGUUAGAUGGGCGUUACGCAGAGCUGCGUGGGCGUAUGCCAGUAUCUGCACUCCUAUACAGUAUAUAUAGGCAUACAUGCUGGGCCAGGUUUGUCCAGCACGCAUCAUGGGUCAUUGGGAGGUUCUUUGCUUUGCCCUAGCAUGCUACCUUGGGGUAGCAAGGGCUACAACAGUAAGUAUGAGAUAGUUCAUUGAUGCAUAACAGUCAAUGUAAAGGUAAAUGGCUUUAAAGUGAAAAUAGGCUGCUUGGUUAGAAGAAAAAUGUGCUUUUAAGGUUUUGUAUGCCCAUAGCUAGAUGAGAAAACAUCUGUUGUAGCUAUUUUGGAUAGUUAUCUAAGACUUCUAUUAAAGGUGACCUGCAAAAGGGGGGAAAGGACUUUGUCCCCUUGCUGCUUUAUAGUAUAUGAAGGGCUCCAACCCAUUUUUCUGUUCCUUUGCAGUUCUUCUUUAAUGUACAUCUCAUUGCCUACUACCUCCCCGAUAGAAACCAUCAUCUGCAGCACGCCACUUUCUGCUUUUUCUUUCUUCCUCUUCGUUUUUCUGGGUAAGGAAAGAGGAAUCUAUUAAGUGUGGAAACCUUGUUGGUUCUGCAACAUAAAGGUUGCAAAUCUGAAUGCACACCUAUUUAGGAAAUACUCAUUUUAACAUUCCAAUAGAAACUUUACACCUAUUUUAUAUAGAGUUCUACAUUUAGCCAUUGAAAAUACUAUUAAGGGGUAUGUCUGGGUGAUUCAUUGUUGCCAUUAGAACCUUAAUGUUUGCACUUCCUGAUUCAUGAAUUCAAAUUUGCAACUUCCCUGUUGUACUAACAUGGAUUUUGCAUUUUUUUCCCCUUUUGACCAAGAUUUAAAGAACAGAAACAACUUUAUCUGUAACACUAUAGUAUUGUUCAAUACUGAUUUACGCAAGUCAGUAUCUUUGAAAUGUUUCCACUUAUAGAGAUACCAAAAAUAUACCUGGAGCACUGUGGAGUUAAUCAAUAGUUGCAGGCAACAAUAUAAUAAAACAAACUCUUUUUUUUAUUUGCAAUGUACUUUAAAAUAUAUCUUCUCAAACAUACCGUUGAUCCUGCAUGCAUUCUUAGUGCAUCCAAAACUCAUUGAAAUGAGUGGAAAUUUUGGGUGUGUCAGGCAUUUAGGUUCAGGCACAAUGUAACUAUUCCACAGUGGUUUGUUUUUAAUUAUCAUCUGUUUUAAUUUUGUAUUUAAUUUUGCUGCCGAUUUUUUUUAUAAAACAAAUGGAAUCUUUCCCACCAAUUGCCUACGUCAGUAGCUGACCAGACCUUAAAUCAACUUUCAGCACAGUGAACCACUUAGAUACAGGUGAGAUGAUAUGUGGAAAGCUCCAACCCAAAUAGAGCAUUUUUGAGAAAAUUUUGAUCAAGUGCACAGAACGGGCUGCUUACAAUGGUAUCGGAGUUGAAGCAUGCCUUGUGUGAUAUAUCUAGAAUCAAAUACAAGUAAAAUCCGUUACAACUUAUUCUUCGGUAUUAUGCAUUCAUUGGGGACAAAUUUUCUGUUCUCUCAACUCCUUUGUACUGUUUUGUGAAUUCGGGAAAGCGAUGGAAUUGUGGGGCAACUUGCAGAGUAGCUGCAUAAGGGAUAUUCCACUUCCUGUGGGUGGCAGAGCCCUGUCUUACGGUCUUCCCACAGGAGUUUGAAUGGGCAUGUUAGGAAGGGAAGUGAGGGACAAGGAAGCAGUCCUGCAAACUGUUGAUCCACUGGCAUCAACAGAUGUGUACUGGUGGGUUGUGGUUAAGUAGAAAGGCAGAGUAGCAAGGGGCUGGUUUUGUUUUUAACUUUGGAUGAGGUAAGUAAUGGAAAUGGGAAAUUCCAGCUACUGAGUGCAGACAGCUAACGUGUACCCAGAGAGUUUGAAUGGGACUAGCCUUUGUUUCUCUCGCCAACGCUCAUCUUCCCCUUACUGGUAUCUGUGUAGCUUUCAUCCAGUGAAACAAGAGCCAUCCAGCUUUCUCCUCCCUGCUGUGUCUCCCUGAGCACCUCAUGCCUCCUCAGUAAUGCUGAAGGGUAGGAAUUAUUCUUCUGUACAGCUUCUGGCCGGAUACUGGGGAGCCCAUUGUGAUAAUUUUGGCAGCAAGUGGUGGCAAAUAUUUCUCUUUUGCAUCUCAUCUGUUUAUAUCUUGACUGUCGGAUUUUCUGCGGAGUAAUUUAAGGUCCAGUUCUGUUUAUGAGUCAACCUCACUUCUCCCGUAGCCCUUGAAGUGGCCAGUUGGGGUAAGUCUGAUACUUAAGCUCCAUUGAGAAUGUUGAUAUUCAAGGGGAUCUGGGUGUCUGACUCUCUCUUAAACUUCAUUAAAAAUCUCAACCCUUGUGAAUAAAAGACUCGUGUUGCACAGGCUAUCUUCAGUAUUGCAUGAAAACAUUUAAGUUCAAAAAUUUCUUACUGGAACUCCCCCUCCUUCAUCACAGGUGGUCAUUAAUUUUAUGAAGUUUUCAGAGGAUGCUGUUUCAAUUGAUGUAAAAUAAGUCUGGUUAGGAACACCGCUACUGUGGAAACAUGCUGUUUUCAUAGCGAAUGCAUCUUAGGGCUGAAUGAUUGGAGAGGUUUGUGUUCCUGCUGUGAAUUCUGCCUAUCUAUCUACGUUCACGGGAAGGUGUUUGCUUCCCUUCUCUCCUCUUGUCAUGUGUUUAGCUGGGCACAGUAUACACUGAAGGAGGUUUUGUUGAGGGCGUCAAUGAAAAACUGAGUCUCUUCGGUGACUAUGUCGAUAUCUUCAGAGGAAUCCCUUUUGCUGCUCCUCCAAAGCGUUUUGAAGACCCUCAACAACAUCCUGGCUGGGAUGGUACACUGAAGGCCAAGGAGUACAAAAACCGUUGCAUGCAGGUCACGCUAACCCAAACCGGUACUCGUGGGAGCGAGGACUGUCUUUAUCUGAACAUCUGGAUCCCUCAAGACAAGAAAGGAGUGUCCACAAAUCUGCCGGUGAUGAUAUGGAUCUAUGGAGGGGCAUUCCUCCUGGGAGGCGGGCAGGGCGCUAACUUCCUCAAUAACUACCUCUACGAUGGCCAGGAGAUCGCAGUGCGAGGAAAGGUCAUCGUGGUGACCUUCAACUACCGAGUGGGACCGCUGGGGUUCCUCAGCACGGGGGAUGCCAGUGUUCCAGGUAACUACGGACUAAAGGACCAGCACAUGGCCAUCGCGUGGGUGAAGAGAAACAUCAAGGCCUUCGGGGGCGACCCAGAAAACAUCACCAUCUUCGGGGAGUCGGCCGGCGCUGUCAGCGUCUCGUUACAGACUCUAUCGCCGUACAACAAGGGGCUGAUCAAACGAGCCAUCAGCCAAAGCGGAGUCGGCCUGUGCACCUGGGCUAUCCAGGAGAACCCUCUCUUCUGGGCUACCAAGGUUGCAGAGAAGGUGGGCUGCCCUACCGAUGACACCACGGCCUUGGGCAACUGCCUUCGGGUCACCGACCCCCAGGCUGUGACGCUGGCCUACCACCUGGAGAUGGUCAACCUGCCAUAUCCUAUAGUCCAUUACCUAGCUUUCACUCCUGUGGUUGAUGGAGAUUUCCUUCCAGACCGGCCAGAAAAUCUCUUUGCUAAUGCUGCAGACAUUGACUACAUUGCGGGCACAAACAACAUGGAUGGGCACCUCUUCGCUGGCAUUGACAUGCCUGCUAUCAACCGCCCGCUUGUGAAGAUCACAGCAGAGGAGGUCUAUAACUUGGUGCGGGGGCUGACUCUGCAGAAGGGAGUGCGGGGAGCAAAUGCCACUUUUUCCCUCUACACCCAGUUGUGGAAUGAUAACCCUGACCAGGAGGUCAUGAAAAGGACAGUGGUAGACCUGGAGACCGACUACAUCUUCCUGAUUCCCACGCAGCAGACGCUUGCUCUGCAUAAUGCGAAUGCCAGGAAUGCCAAGACUUACUCCUACGUGUUCUCCCAGCCUUCUCGAAUGCCUGUGUACCCCAGCUGGGUAGGGGCAGACCACGCCGAUGACCUUCAGUACGUCUUUGGGAAACCCUUCAGCACCCCGCUGGGCUACUGGCCUAAGCACAGGACCGUUUCAAAGGCCUUGAUUGCUUAUUGGACCAACUUUGCUAGAACCGGUGACCCCAACAAAGGGGAGUCUACGGUGCCCAUAGGGUGGGUACCCUACACGCGGGAGGAGGGCUACUACCUUGAAAUCAACAGUGACAUCAACUAUGAUUCGGUGAAGCAAAGUCUGAGAGCUUCCUAUGUGCAGUUCUGGAAUACGAUCUACCAGAGCCUGCCUGAUGUUCCUUCCACUUUCCUGGACUAGAGCCAGGCCAACCAACCAAUUCUGUAAACAAACAAACUAGCCCAAUUCUGAUUAAAGGCUAGUUUCUGGCUGUGCCUCGUGGCCUCUUCCAAUCUACUUACUGCAACAGAAUUUUCCAUAAGAAUAUUAAGAGCUGGAGUCAAAUGUACUGGGCAGUUUUGUUCUGUGAAAAACAAAAUAUAUACCUGGUGGUCUCUGUUGCACGGA